CUCUGUUUAUGCAAUGAAGUGAUUUUCAGCCAAAAUGCUGAGAAACAGUGAGUUUUUCACCUUGCCCGCGGGACCAGUGGAGCUCUGCUUCGACAAGAAUGAGUUCACAAAGAAAACCUUCUCUGUGGAUGACUUCCUGCAUGAGCACCGCAAUGCCGGGAGUCUGGAGGAGAUUCGAGAUGAUCUGGGUGUUUACCUGAAAGUCCUGCGAUCCGCAAUGAUAGAGCUCAUCAACGAAGACUACGCGGAUUUCGUCAAUUUAUCUGCCAAUUUGAUUGGACUGGACAAGUCGAUUGAGGGCAUCCAGGCUCCACUGAGACACCUGCAGCAGGAGAUUGAGGGCGUGAAGCGUCUCCUGGGCGACAAUAUGAGUGAGUUGUCUGAGUGUCUGCGGCAGAAGCGACAGCUGAGGAACAUGAAGAAGAGCCUCAAGAGUCUCGGCAGAGUCAGUGAAUCCAUGGAGAAGUUAUCGGGAAUGCUGGAGCCGCGAGAUGAUUCUCCGCUUCAGCCGGCACUGCUCGAGAGAGCGGCCCAGGAGUUCGUGCAGAUGCAAUUCAACAUAAAUUGCUGUGAGAAGUAUCUGAGUGAGGAUGUGAAGAUGAGAAUUGAGGCAUUGAAGGAGCGAAUCUUCAGCAAUUCCCGGGAUUUCUUCCUGGCCGUCCUGCAGAGUCACAAUCGCCAGGGUCUGGAGCAGAGCCUAAGAAUCUACUACACCUUGGAGGGAUGUUCGGUAGCCGAAGACAUCUUCCGCAAGGAGAUUGUGGCCAAUUCCAUGGAUAGAAUCAUCUCAGAAUCUGCUUUGCAGAAUUCUGUCCAGGGAUUGACGGGCAUAUACAACAAGAUUCACGAGUUCAUCACAGUGCAGAUGAAGGAUCUGCUGCAGCUGACGCAGGGCAGAAAUUUGGCACAGAUAAAGGGCUAUGAUUUCUUCCUGAACAGCUUCUGGGUGGAAGUGGAGCGGCGUCUAGAGACACAUAUGGCAUCGAUCUUCGCUCCAGGCAAUCCCGAUGCCUUCUACAUCAAGUACAGAGCCACUCUGCACUUCCUCGAGCAACUAGAGGCCAUCCUCAAUUCUCCAGAGGCCAUCGAGCAGUUCAGAAGUCACGCGCAGUAUAAGAGUUUCCAGACAAGAUGGAACCUGCCAGUUUACUUCCAGAUUCGUUUCCAGGAGAUCGCGGGUGCCGUGGAGGCGGCGUGUAGUCGCCAGAUCUCCAGUGCAUUGCUCUCCAAGGCAGGAGACAUUCAGCUGGUGCCUUUCGUCACGGCGCUCUCGAGCAUAUCGCAAUGCUGGUCAGACUCAGUAUUCCUGCCGCAGCUCUUCCAUCGCUUCUGGAAGUUGUCGCUGCAGAUCGUGGCCAGGCUCUUCUCCUGGACAGAGGAAGUGUUGGCUGUGAAGAAGUGGAAUGUUGCGGAGAUGAGUAUCAAAAGGAUAGAUUUCCUGGUCGUUCUCCUCAUGGAUUGCAUGAAGCUGCUGGGAAAACUGCCUGGACUGCUGCAGAUGGCGAUGGGAAAACUGCCCCAGGAGCUCAAGGAGCACUCUGGUGGCCUCAAGAAGUGCCUGGAAGACACCAAAGAAGCCCUCAAGAACAAAAUCGAGAACAUCGAAGGCGCCGUGCUGACAGAAUUGGUGGCCGAAAGUGAUCAGCACAUCCGGCAAGUCACGGACAUUCCUCGUCUGUACAGGAAAACCAACAGGGAUGUUCCGUCGAAGCCCUGCUCCUACGUGGCACAACUCUUGGCUCCGUCGCAGGCCUUCCGCAAGCGCUAUCUCAACGACAUCAGCGAGGAGAAGAUGCAUUUCUACCUCGAGCGUCUCUUCUCCAGACUCACAGAACAAUUCCACACUCAGGUGAAUGAGGUGCUGACGUCUGUGCAGAAAACCGAGGAGUCGCUCAGGAGGUUGAAGAAUCUCCGGGAGAAAUCCUCGAGCGCCAGUGUGGCCUCAACAGAGCGUGCCGGGAUGACAGAUGACGACAAGAUUCGUCUGCAGUUGCAGGUGGACGUGAUCUCCUGGGUGAACGAAAUUGAGAAGUUCUCCCUCAAGAGACACCAGAUAGAUCGUCUCCCGGACCUGAUACGCCUCGUUGAGGAGUCCACGAAGAUUCGCACAGAAGAGUAGCGCGCAAUUCACAAUAGAUAGUUUUUCCAAUGACAAAUAAA